AGCAUAGCAUACGCGUCAACAUUCAGCACAAUUCCACCUCGCGGAAAACGAUAGCGUUGUCUUCUGAGUGCUUCAAGCAGCAAACAAAUGGAGGCUGCCCUAGGCCUGGACCUGGGCAGUCUGCUCAGCCAGCUUACUGCCACACAGCAAGCCCAGAGCGCUGCAAAGCUCUCUGAGCGCAAUGUCGUCGAGCUAAUCAAUAAACUGCGCCAGCUUGGCAUCCUGUCGGAAGGAGAGCUCCUGCAUACCCUGAAUGGCAAGGAAUACAUGACAGUGGAGCGCCUGCGUGCCGAGGUGCAAAAGGCGUUGCGACAAGCGGGUGGUCGCCUCGCUCUCGUGGAGCUGCCGACAAUUGUGGGCGUAGAUCUAAUUCACUGCGAGCGCCAGGUUGCAGCAAUCAUCGCGCAGAGCGCCGGGACGGUGCAGGAGGUGAAUGGCGAGCUGAUCACUACGCAGUAUUUGGACACAAUUGCCUCAGAAAUCAACGACCAGCUGCAAGAGUCGGGGCAAAUCAACGUGGGAGAGCUCGCGGCGCAGUAUGGGCUCGCCACGGAGCUGGUUAUGAACGUGGUGACGUCCCGCUUGGGCACGGUCAUUCAAGGCCGACUGGAGGCUGGGCUGCUGUACACGCAGUCCUACCUGCGCGCUAUCAAGUCACAGCUGCGGGGGGCGCUGAGGGCCGCCACGGGGCCCGUGCUGGUGGCGGCACUGCUGAAAGAGGUGGGGCUGGGAGUGGCGGCGGGGGACGCGGGCGGCGGCGGCGGACUGGCGGCGGCGCUGGCGGCGGGCGGCGGCGGCGGCGUGAUUGCCACACUCAUUGAGGAGCUGGUGCAGGAAGGCUCGCUGCGCGGCUCGCUCAAGGGCGGCGGCAGCAGCUGGACGCCGGCGGUGUACGGCGAGGUGGCGGCGGAGGCGGUGGCCAACUUCUACAGCCAGAACGGCUGGGUGGGUUACGACACGGUGCGCCGUAUGGGCAUCUCCAACGAGCGGGCGCACCUGAGGGCGGCCUUCCCCAAGGGCGUUGCGCUGGAGAGCGCAUACCUGGCGCCGCAGCUACUUGCCACGCUGGAGGCCGCGGUGGACGACGUCCUGGCCGCCAACGCCCACGCCGUGUCCCUAGCUGGCGGCGGCGGCGCAGGUGGCGGCGGCGGUGGCGGCGGCGCAGGUGGCGGCGGCGGCGGCGGCUGGGUUGAUGUGGGUCCUCUGCUGCCCAGUGUGUUGGGUCCGGCGGACGUGGCGGCGCUGCUGGGGCGGCUGCCGGCGCUGCGGGAGCAGGAGCGGCGGCCGGUGAAGGAGCGCAAGGCACACGUGAUCGGCGGCACCUGGGUCCUCAGCGCCGCUCUCAUAGCCGCGCUGCAGGAGCGGCUGGACGUCGAGGCGAGGGCGCUCGCACACAAGGCCCUGGCAGAGCGCAAGGCCGGAGGCGGCGGCGCAGCCGCCACAGCCGCUGGCGGCGGCGGCGGCGGCGGUGCUGCUGUUGGCGGCGGCGGCGGCGGCAAGGGAGGGAAGAAGGGUGCGGCGGCGGCGGCGGACGAUGACGAUGAAGAUGACUGGAGCAUGGGGCCGAAGGGCAAGGCCGGCAAGGGGAAAAAGGGCGGCGGCGGCAAGGCGGCGGCGGCGGCGGCGGGCGGGAAAGGCGGCAAGGACGCGGGAGGAAAGGGCGGCGGCGGCGGCAAGGACGGUGGCGGCGGGGCGGGCGGCGGCGGCGGCGUGACUGCUGCUUGGAUUGCGUCCAAGUUGCCGGUCUGGUGUCCGGACAUGGAUUGGGAGGAUGACGGCGGCGGCGGCGGCGAAGACAAGGCGGCGGCGGUGGCGGCGCUACUGCUGGCCGGCGCGGUGGUGGCGUAUGAGGAGGCGCUGCAGGCGGCCUUCACUGCGGGCGCGGAGGAGCGGCGGCGCGCCAAGGAGGCCCUGUCCCGCUCGCUGGAGGAGGCGUACGGCCGGCUGCUGCUGUACGGCGCGGGUGCGGAGGGCUUCGCGGCGGAGGACGAGGCGACACACGCCACCCUCAUGCGGCACGCGCUGCGCACGACGGGAGCCGAGUGCGUCGACCUGCUUCAUCGCUGGGCUCGGGCCGAGUACUGCCAGGGGGAGGGCGAGGGCGCCGCCGCCGCCGCCGCCACUGGCUCCGCCGCACCCGGGGCCUUCCUCAGCGCUUCAGAGGUCAAGGCUGUGCUGCGCGCUGUGCCGCCCGACGUGGCUGAAGGGCUGGCGGCGGCGGCGGAGGUGCCGGCCGCCGCCAGUGUGCGCGAGGCCGAGGCCCUGCUGGACCGCGGCGCGGCGGCGGUGGGCGUGCGGGUCAAGAAACUAGAUAAGAAGAGCGAGAAGGCGGCGCUGGCGGCGCUGCGUGAGCGGCUGUUGGGCGCGCUGUCCGGCGAGGCCGACCCGCCAGCGGCCCUGGCGCUCAUGGUGCCGCUGGCGCACCUGCGCAUCACAGGCAAGGCCGUGAGCCUGCCCGGCAAGGCUCUGGGGCCGGUGCUGGGUCGCCUGACCGCACUGACAGCGGCGGCGGCGGAGGGCGGCGGCGGCGGCGGCUUGUCUGAGGAGCUGGCGGCGUGUGUGCGGGGGCUGUCGGCGCUGCAUGAGGGCGUGGUGGACUACCUGAGGGCACAGUCCUCUUCGGCGCCCGGCGGCGACACGGCGGCCAUGUUGGAGCAGCUGACGGCGUCACUGCCGCCGCUGAAGAACGCGCUGGGGCUGCAAGUGGCGGGCGGCGCGGCGGCUGCGGCGGCGGCAGCAGAUGUGUGAGGCCGCGAGGCCGUGAAGAGGUGUGCUAGUGUUGCAGGAGUAGGCAGGUGGAUUCGCUCGGUUUUCAGAGUGCACAACGGGGAGUAGGGGUAUGGAGGCCGCCCAACAAGGAGGGAGGCGCAGAGGUGCUGCAAAGCAGCGGGUUGAGGGCGUGGAGUGGAGUGUGCUGGGUGUGUGCGGCGUGGCGUCUUCAGGAGGUCGACGGGGGGCGGCGCGAUGGUGGAGACUUCACGCCGGGGGCGCUCGGCGGGGGCCGAGCGCCUUGCGGCUGCUAGCGGGCACGCGCAUUGGGCUUUCGUGGCAGUGCUGCGUCGCAAUGCAGUGAGCGGCUGUAACAGCAAGCCCAA